CCAUGUGAGCACGCGUCGGCUUCAAGGCUAAGCGCGUCUCAUCGCGAGACUUGUACAGUAUAUCUUUUGAAGAUCGUCGUAAAACUCAUUGUUCGGCACAUUUUACACGCAAGGAGGCUCUGUGUAUUCUCUUCAUAGCGUUGUAACAUGUCUUCCAGUCCCAAUAAUGCGGCAACUAACGAGGAUUUAUUGCAAGACAGCAUAUCUGAUGUAACACAAGCUGCAAAAAUACCGGCAAAACGUCGAGGGGCGAGCAUUAAAGCCACUGUUGAGACCCUCGCGUCGGAGUGCUAUGACAAGGGUGUACUUCCAGAUGCGUUGAAGGAACUGGUUGACCUUAUUAUCACUCCGAGUCAUCUGGACCAAGCAAGUCUCAAUAAUAUCCUCAGAAAUUUAUAUCCUGCAACACAGAUUGAUCCCGAGAUUGUCAUUAAUGUCAUUGGCUGCUUGGGGCAUGGCGCACUCAAGCCUUCUCUGCCGAUUCAAGGAGCACUUUUGAAAUGGUUGAUUAUGGUACAUCAUAUCGUCGGAGAACAGGGUGUGCUCCCGAAACUUUACGCCGUUUUGUUCAAUCUACUUGAUACUGCAGCCAUCAGACCACAAUUGUGCCAUAUCUUGGCACUGAUUACACGACGUAGACACGUCCGCCCAUAUCGCAUCCAAGCCGUGCUGGCUCUAAGCCGGCAAACAGGAAACGACCCUGCGCUUACAGGACUCCUGCGCGUCUUCAAGAAUUAUUACCCAGAAAUCAUCGUCGGUGAUGCAACACGUGGUAAGGCAUCAGCUUUCAAGCAUCCUGACCCCCAGUGGCGCCAACGACUCGACGAGAUUCAACAGAGGCAUGUCCAAUCUCUGCAGGAGCGGAACCAACCUCGGGAUGCAUUUCGAGUUACGCGUCGGCUUGGUAAUAGCCAUGGGAAGGUCAAUGCCAUACCUGAUGUGCACACCUCCCACGCUCACGAGGAUUCAAUUACGCUCGAAGAGAUUGAGACUGUUGACGGACUAGUCAGCAAUCUAGAAAAGAUUGAGUUGCCGAAUCAGUUGAUAUCAGUGCUCGCAGAUCCCUUACUCCAGAAGUUGAUGCUUAUGAAACCAGAUUCAGCUUCUGAAGAACGCAUCAGUAACUGGCUCAUGUCUUACGCAGAUGAAAUAUCUCGUGAUGAAGCGACAAGCUUAGCAGAGCUGACAGGAUUCCUGGAGACAUUGCAGGAUUAUGCCUCUACCACAAAAAAUCUGCCAUCAGCCGUGUUGUCGUUCUUCGUCUCGUAUCUAAAUGUAUGGGACGGAAAGCAAGCCAGACAGUACGUCUUGCACAUCUUGUCAUAUGCUACUCUUCCCGAGCACAGCUUUUCUGAUCUGUACGAAUCCAUCUUCGCAACUCUCGAGAGGAAGGUGCUGGACGGAUCUGCAGAUUCACAGUUGGAUGUACUCGGGUGCUAUAUUGCACUUUUACAGCACUGGACUACUUCUUUGAUAUCACAGCGCAGUUUUCGGAUAUCAAGUACUGCAGCUAUCUCAGAACUUAUCAGCCAUGCGAACAAGCUUUGCCUCACAGUGGCCCAGACAUCUUCUUGCACUCCAACGCACUCUGUAGUGCUUGAUUUCUACGAGGCAGUCGCAUAUAUCGCCUCGCAUACGAUACUUAGGAAGAGUGUUCGAAUUGUCAUCCCGCCGUCUGCACUCGUGUAUAUUCUGCACUUCAGCUCGUCACCAACAACGACCUCGCGUUUAUGUGGGGUUUUGUCACGUUACAAACAAGGUUUUCAGGCGGCUAUGGCAUCUUCACGCUCCGACUACACGACAGCAUAUAUCAAUGAAUUCAACGGAUUUCUGAUGGACGUCUGCAACUGUUUGUGGCGCUCUCGUGCCUUUAACUUUAAAGACGCCAACGCACACGCAUGUCUGAUGACCAAGGAUAUCACCGACGAUCUCACGAGCUAUGUUUCGGGCCUACGAAAGGGAAGCAAUCUGACGUCCUUGUUCACGAUAUCAGCCUCUCCAGUGCUCGGGUUACUCGCAACAUCCUAUUUACGUGAGCUCGAGGAUGUGGAGAUGGAACAGGGUUCUUCAGGUCUAGAUACAAGACACGCUGGGCCCGUGACAAAAGCCAGUCUCAAUACGCUUAGCAAGAACGGGGGAGUUAGUUUGACAUGGGAUGAGUACCGCCUAGGAGUUCUUAGCUAUCUUGAGCAGAACGGAAUGGAGGGUGUUGGGCGAUUGAUGCACGGUACUAUGACGACGCUUAUGAAGAGGACUUGAUCAUAGCAAUGAAUACCGUAGUCUCGAAGGUUUUGGUUUGGCGAUGCCGUGGGCAGUUCUUUUCCAAAAAGUGACCCCGAGUAUUCUAUUUGGGUAGACACGAUAUGAAGGAGCAGAACAAAGCCUGCCAAGAGAUAUGACAAUGAUUAUCGGUCGUAGGUUACUUUCUAAAACAAACAGUGCACCCUGCGUUGUUUCUGAUUGUCAGUUGCUCGGUAAAGGACAACUUGCAACCCAGAAGCCAGUCACACAUACAGAAUGGUUGCAUCGCUCUGAACACCGCAGAGGUAAAUAAACACAUCUAUGUACGACAUGGCUAUGACUAUGAAAUAUCGUGGUGCCGUAUUCUAGGCAAAUCAUUGCCAGCGGAGCCGAUGCGGAAGCUACCAGCAUAAUGAGAGGAUCGUGGUUUUCGGCUCACCAAGGUUGGGCCAUUUUUCUUCUAGGGUUCGGCGACACCCGCGUCUGCAGGGGC